UUUUCGUGACGAAACCCACAGUCACGCGAGUAUCGUCUACCGGAACGCUUCACUUUGUAGACGAACACGCGCUGUCAUAUUAUUGCCGCCAAUAAAACAGAUUAAAAAAUAGACCAUAGUGUGAACUUUAUGGUGAAGUGUGUGAUGUUAGUGUUCUAAAUUUAAAUAUUAAAAAAAAAUCAAGAUGACUGCCGGUUCAGAAGAACACGAGCCUCUUAUAACAUCUUCGGUCGACCAGCAACGAGUUACCUACAAUAAUUCUCCGCAGGACGGAAAUUCGCCAGGCGAUAGUCCCAGGGCAAGUGGAGGUGAAUUGACUCUAGCAAUUCCACAGCAGAGGAACUAUGGAGCCAUCGGUGGCGCGGAGAAAGUCACGUACACAUGGGCAGACGUGAACGCCUUCGCCACCGAGACUAGGUCCAGAAAUAGAAAGUUCUGGAACUUGUGGCGAGGCUCGAAUGACCGGAUGUUCCAACAGAGGAAGCAACUCCUCCGAAAUGUAAAUGGUGCUGCAUAUCCCGGUGAACUAUUAGCAAUAAUGGGUUCAUCUGGAGCAGGAAAGACUACACUUCUCAACGCUCUGACCUUCAGGACUCCAAGUGGGGUCGUGUCUAGCGGCACCAGAGCACUUAAUGGUCAGCCAGCAACUCCAGAAGCGUUAACAGCGCUGUCGGCAUACGUACAGCAGCAAGAUCUGUUUAUUGGCACAUUGACUGUCAAGGAACAUCUGAUUUUCCAGGCUUUGGUGCGGAUGGACCGUCAUAUACCUUACGCACAACGAAUGCGGCGAGUUCAGGAAGUUAUAUUAGAGUUAGCGCUUUCAAAAUGUCAGAAUACGGUGAUUGGUAUUCCUGGGAGGCUGAAGGGUAUAUCUGGUGGGGAAAUGAAGCGGCUGUCGUUUGCCAGCGAGGUGUUGACCGACCCUCCUCUCAUGUUCUGUGACGAGCCAACGUCUGGGUUGGAUUCAUUUAUGGCACAGAAUGUUAUUCAGGUGCUGAGUGGACUAGCAAAGAAGGGUAAAACAGUAGUGUGCACAAUCCAUCAGCCUUCAUCGGAAUUGUACGCCAUGUUCGACAAACUACUCAUCAUGGCUGAUGGAAGAGUCGCCUUCCUCGGAUCACCUGAACAGGCCACCGAGUUCUUUAAAGAACUUGGAGCGGCCUGUCCAGCAAACUACAACCCAGCAGAUCACUAUAUCCAGCUUCUGGCUGGAGUGCCUGGGAGAGAAGAAACUACCAGACAUACUAUUGACACAGUGUGCACUGCUUUCGCUAAGUCAGAGAUCGGCUGCAAGAUUGCUGCUGAGGCCGAGAACGCCAUGUAUAAUGAGCGCAAGAUUACUCAAGGCUGGGCAGACUCUGCGUGGUCGUCGGCGGCCGCCAUGCGCGUGCGCCGCUCGCCGUACAAGGCGUCGUGGUGCGCGCAGUUCCGGGCAGUUCUGUGGAGGUCCUGGCUCUCCGUCACUAAGGAACCCAUGCUCAUCAAAGUGCGCUUUCUACAGACUAUCAUGGUGUCAAUACUGAUUGGCGUGAUAUACUUCGGACAGAAUCUGGACCAAGACGGAGUAAUGAAUAUGAACGGCGCAAUAUUUAUGUUCCUAACCAACAUGACCUUCCAAAAUAUAUUCGCUGUGAUAAACGUUUUCUGUUCAGAGUUGCCCAUAUUCAUCCGAGAGCAUCAUUCGGGGAUGUACCGCGCUGAUGUGUACUUCUUGUCGAAGACGCUCGCGGAGGCACCGGUGUUUGCGACUAUUCCGCUGGUGUUCACCACCGUCGCCUACUAUAUGAUUGGUCUGAAUCCAGCUCCUGAGAGGUUCUUUAUCGCUUCAGGAUUGGCCGCCUUGAUCACCAAUGUCGCUACUUCAUUCGGUUAUUUGAUAUCGUGUGCAAGCAGCAGCGUCAGCAUGGCAGCCUCUGUGGGACCUCCCAUCAUCAUUCCCUUCAUGCUGUUCGGAGGAUUCUUCCUCAACUCUGGCUCGGUGCCACCCUACCUAGGCUGGAUAUCCUACCUAUCCUGGUUCAGAUACGGGAAUGAAGCUCUCCUCAUCAACCAGUGGACCGGAGUGGAGAGCAUCGCGUGUACACGUGAGAACUUCACGUGCCCAGCUUCCGGAAAAGUGGUGUUGGAGACACUUAGUUUCUCAGAGGAAGACUUCACGAUGGACGUCGUUAGUAUGAUCCUACUGUUCAUCGGCUUCAGACUACUCGCCUACUUCGCGCUCCUGUUACGCACGCGUAGAGGGAAAUAGCAUGAUUUCUGUUGAUUAUCUAGUUUAUUUACAUAUUGUACAGGUAUAGCGCGAGUUGAAUGCAGAGCUCAGGAAUGCGAUAGUGCUGUGAUCUAAUUGUAAUUGAAGACCAUAAUCAUGGAUGUGUCGAUAAAUUUGAACGUUAACCUAAUAAUAAAAAUCUAAAAUCAUU